AUAAUAGAUUUAGUGAGUUAUCUUCGUCCCAUUAAUGUCUACCCCACCGUGGAACCUGCUGGACUGUACACAAUAAAGGACGCGCAGGAAAGGUACAGCGUACAAGAGUCUGUGUAUUGGACACACAAAUAUCAGUGAACCCAUAGAUAUCUUAUAUACACUAGAUAGCGCAUCGCUUUUAGUAAAAUUGAAGCCAAGAAUAUUCCAGCGGUUAUCCCCCAUUUGAAUAGAUGGCGGCCAUGUUGGAGUUUUCCACUCGCUAAUAAACGCUUAAAAAACAAGAAUAACUUUCGUCAUUUGAAUAGUUUGAAAAUGUAUUUGGAAUAGGUUUAACUUAAUGUUUAAGUCCCCUGUUUAAGAAAUAGAAAACAUACGAGUCUUCUCAUUUCAUGGGAAUAUCCUGAGUCUGCAAUCACGAUUUCAAUUUUUGAAUUGCGGAAUAGUUAGAUGCACUAUCUAGUAUAUAUAAGAUAUUUAUGAGUGAACCAGUGAACUCAAUUUAUUUUACUUUAGAGACUUUUUCUACUUUAGAGACUCUACUUUACUUUAGAGACUUUGGUCAUUAUUUUGGGCGGGAGUGGCACCGAAGAGAAAUGUUUUUCUUGGCGUUAAAAAGUCCAAAAAAAAUUUCCCAACCUCAAAUAUCAAUUAAGAAAUAAAUACCCAACCUUGGCCAAAAACUUUACAAAAGGGUACCAUUCAGUUGUCACAGAUCACAGAUGUCCUUUACCACUUCUAUGGCAUGAGUUCAGAAGGUUCAGAUUUUGAUGAGAGUUUUUUCUCGUUUGACUGGUAAUAUCUGGUGAUAUAUAUCGAACUCUUACAGGGCAUUUUUUUAAGAAAUUACAACUAUUGGGGUCUACUAAGCUCACUCACACACAAUAAGUGAAAGUUCAAUCUGAGCUUCUUUCGAGUGUCAUUGCUGUUUUUGAAUAGCUGGAGGGUUAGUGUCAUACCUUACUAUGUGACUGCUCACCCUCCAGCUAUUCAAAAACAGCAUUGACACUCAAGAAAAGCUCAGAUUGAACCGCCACUCAUUGAGUGUGAGUGUGAGUGAGCUUUUAGAAUACGGGCGUAAGUCUCAAUGAGGGCCUUUCCCCACACAAUUACGCGUACAUAAAGACCAUGCUGUGCUGACUUUAAUAAGAUGGAAUAUCGAGAAUGUGAGAGGACGUGCAUGAGAAAGCAGGCAGAUGCAUCUUUUUCAACAACGGUGACUUUUUAUUAAUGAUCGAAAGGGCCCAGCUCAUCUAAAAAUCAUGCUUCACUACUGGGGAAACCAAAGGGCCUACUGGGGUAAAUGUCCCAGUAGUUAUCUUGUCAAAAAAUGCCCUCAUACCAUUAUCACUCUCUUGCAACUCUUGUUCUCGUUUGACUGAGAAUUGAAAAAAGCUCUCAUUUGAUGCAAACUUUUGCUUCUCAAUUCUCCUCGACUCUAAUGGCUUUUGUUGAAACCAUGGAUCAUAAAAAUACUAUACUUUUUUUACCAUCCAUGCUGAAACUAACUUGUUUACAGUAUGGAUUUUAUUUAUGGUUUCAUGCAGUUUACGACAAUAUACGCGAGGUAAAAAUGAGACGAACACGACGGUGAAAGAAAGCCUGAGAUCUGAUGAAAAUUUUCAAGAUGAAGAAAUCCCUGUUUUAUUCAAGGAACAAAAAUCAACUUCAAUGUUUUCUAAUGCAACUGUUUCGUAUUCUGCUCCAAGUGAUGAAGGUGAGAUCAUGGGCUACUUUGAUAAAUGAUGUAGCUAUGUUAUUGCUUUCAACUGACCUAGUAGUCGAACACCGCUGAAAUUCCCUGUGUCAAUUUGACAAACACCACAGAUUUCUCUAACACUGGAUCACUAAGAGAUGACUCUUACUGGAACUCUAGGGAGAACAGUUUAGAACUGAUAGAGCUAUCCAGUAUAAAUAAAGUUAGUUUAGUUUAGGUUUCCUCCUGUAGUAACACUGGAUCACUAAGAGAUGAUCCUUACUGGACCUCUAGGAAGAACAGUUUAGAACUGAUAGAGCUAUCCAGUAUAAAUAAAGUUAGUUUAGUUUAGGUUCCCUCCUGUAGUAACACUGGAUUAAUAAGAGAUGAUCCUUACUGGACCUCUAGGGAGAACAGCUUAGAACUGAUAGAGCUAUCCAGUAUAAAUAAAGUUAGUUUAGUUUAGGUUCCCUCCUGUAGUAACACUGGAUUAAUAAGAGAUGAUCCUUACUGGUCCUCUAGGAAGAACAGUUUAGAACUGAUAGAGCUAUCCAGUAUAAAUAAAGUUAGUUUAGUUUUCCUCCUGCAGUAACACUGGAUCAUUAGGGAGUUUAAGCUUCGCGUUUCCGGAAACGGCAGGUUCGAACCCCGAAUUUUCUUUCUUGUGUCGAAAGAAUAGUCACGCAUUGCAGUUUUAAAACAGCAAGUUCAUUUACUCUUUAUUACCUGAUACCGUAACAUUUUUCUUUGCCUGGCGUUUGCCGUUUGCCGUAUAACGCGAAGCUUAAACUCUCUAAUAAGAGAUCAUCCUUACUGGACCUCUGAGGGUAAACAGCUUAGAACUGAUAGAUCCUGCAUUGAUAAUUAUUUUUCUACUUCCAGUACUAGCAGAAUGUAAACAGUUAGGUCUGGAAGAAGAAAACCUGAUGGGGAAACCACGUCGAAGACGGCGUAGAAAUCAAAUACCCUUGGGAAGCUGUGCAAAAGAUAUAACUACAUCUAGUGAAAUUUCGAAUGGUGUGAUAGAAGACUCGAUUGAAGAUCCGCCUGAGAAACGUUACAUGGUUGACUGCUCUGAAGAUAAAUGUGACAAACCCUAG